CCGGGCGGGCAGUCAUGGCGAGGCGCUCGGGGAGGUAGCUGGGCCCAGGCAGAGGAGCGCAGGGGUCGUCAUGGCCCGGCGGCGGCGCCGCGCCUGCAUCGCGCUUUUCCUGGUGCUACUCUUUGCCUUUGGCACCCUCAUGGGCCUGCGCACGCUCAAGGCCCCGGACGGACUCCCGGCGCUGGGCCCCGGCCUCGAGUUGGCGCCUUUUGAUCGGCGCCCGGAGGCGGCCCCUGCGCCCGCCGCCCGGGCUCCGGCCGCCCCAGCCGCGCCUCCGCCUCCGCCGCCCCCGCCCCGUACCGCGGGCCCGGGUAGUUCCCCCGGGCCGGCCCCCGCGGAGGCCGAGCCGGCCCCUGGGCAGAGUCUGCGCGUCUACUCCGACCUGCACGCCUUCUACUACUCCUGGUAUGGGAGCCCGCGGCGCGAGGGCCACUACAUUCACUGGGACCACGUCAUGGUGCCGCACUGGGACCCCAAGAUUUCGGCCAGUUAUCCCCGCGGCCGCCACAGUCCCCCCGACGACUUGGGCUCCAGCUUCUACCCGGAGCUGGGGCCCUACAGCUCCCGGGACCCCGACGUGCUGAGGGAGCACAUGACCCAGCUCAAGGAAGCCGCCAUCGGCGUCCUGGUUUUGUCCUGGUACCCACCUGGCAUGGCCGAUGAUAAUGGGGAACCCUCAGAUGAUCUGGUUCCUGCCAUUCUGGACACUGCCCAUCAGUACAGCAUCCAGGUGGCCUUCCACAUCCAGCCCUACAAGGGCCGGGAUGACAUCACUCUACAUGACAACAUCAAGUACAUCAUUGACACGUAUGGCUCCCAUGGUGCAUUUUACCGCUAUAAGAACAGCAUAGGUAAGAGCCUCCCACUCUUUUAUAUCUACGACUCAUAUCUGACAUCUCCUGAGGCCUGGGCCCACCUCCUCACGCCAAAUGGGCCCCACUCCCUCCGCAACACCCCCUAUGAUGGGGUCUUCAUAGCAUUGUUGGUGGAGGAGGGGCACACCCAUGACAUUCUGGCCGGCGGCUUCGAUGGCAUGUAUACCUACUUUGCCUCCAAUGGGUUCUCCUUCGGCUCCUCCCAUCAGAACUGGAGAGCUGUGAAGAACUUUUGUGAUGCCAACAACCUCAUGUUCAUUCCCAGCGUGGGGCCUGGCUACAUUGAUACCAGCAUCCGGCCUUGGAACAAUCACAAUACGCGGAACAGGGUCAAUGGCAAGUACUAUGAGACAGCCUUGCAGGCAGCCUUAACAGUAAGGCCUGAGAUUGUCUCCAUCACCUCUUUCAAUGAGUGGCAUGAGGGCACCCAAAUUGAGAAGGCCAUUCCCAAGAAGACGCCAAGUCGCCUAUAUUUGGACUACCUGCCGCAUCAGCCCAGCCUGUACCUUGAGCUGACCCGCCGCUGGGCAGAGCACUUCAUCAAAGAGAAGGAGCAGUGGCUAAUGUGAGGGGUCUGCAAAUACGAGCCUGAGGUGCCGAUGUCCAAGCAUCCCUGAAGGAUGUACAAUGUGGGGCUCAGCUGAGAAUGUGUAGGUACUCACUUGUCUCCAAGUCAGCAGUUGGUGCUUCUGGGCAGGCCCCUGAAGAACAAAGCCUGUUCAUCAGGCAAGUGUUGCUGGAGUGGUCUGCAGUGACAGGAAACUAGGUGGAGGUCCAGAGGCAACCACAGAAGCUAGGUGACUGGACUAAGCCCAGAGCCCAGCUCUGUAUCAGUUAGAACACUUCAAAAUAAUCCUUUCCAGUUCUGAAUUGUGCAGCAGGUUGGUGGUAUGUAGUGGUCAUGCAAAUUGCUGCUUCUGGAGAGGCAUCAGGGUUCUGCGCUAGCAUGCACACCCUGCUCCCUUCUGCCAGCCUGCAUCUCUCUUCAGGCCUCCUUUUCACGUCCAGUCUGCCUUCUCUAAGUUAAAGAACCAUUUAAAAUUUUUCUAAAAGGGAAAUUCUAGGUUUAAGUUCUUCCCAAUAGAUUGCUGAAGCCAACUAUCAGAAAAUAAUAAUCCUGACAUUUGUACAUUCAUUCAAUACACACUAAUGAAGCACCUUUCUAUGUGUUAGAUGCUGGGGGAGAAAUGACCAAGGAACAAUUCCAACCCUGAAGCUAUCAGGAUCCAGCUUUCCCUAUUUGCUGUGGCCUGUAGUCAGUGCCUGGGCACAACUAUAAGUUUUUCUUUCUCACAGUUUUACCCAAUGCUGGGAGAUCAGCUUUUUCUUUCAAGAAAAUAGCUCUGUGGUCUGGAGCCUAUAUUUCCCAGGGAGAAGACGAGGACAUCCCCCUCCCUUUAGCUGCCUAAACUGAAAAAGACCCACUCACUAGAGCCACCUUCAGUGCUACAGUGAUUUCUAUUAAUUAAAUAUGAAAUGAUGUUUUCCAAAAAGCAUUCUUUCUUCUCUCUCCAAGACCUUCUUGACUCUGACCCCAGCCAGAUUCCAUGACAAAUUGAGAAGUGGGUUGGGCUGGCUCCAGUAUUAGCAGUGAAGAAUACAUUUGCUUAACAAAUCACUAGUUUAAAUGAGAUCUCUAGAGGGACUAUUUAACAAACCAGUGCUUAGUUAUAAACUAAAAUGCUAAUGGCAGGGAUCAUUAUCCCUUGAGACAACUUCUUGGCAAGAUUCUUAGGACCUACUUAAAAAUAUGUGCACUGGAAACCACUGCAGUGAGAAGUUUAUGGACUCAAGAUUGACUUUCCAUUCUGGGAACUGGGGUACAAGGAGAGAAAGUGGACCUGGUAGUUACCACAAGGACACCCAGCUCCAGUUAUGCAGCUAACACUAAAGCCCACCAGAUGGAUGGGCAAGCCUGGCCACUUCACCUAUGCAUUAGCUGAGGAAACCAAGGCAGGCAAGGACAGAUGAAAAGCGCUGGAAUAUUCACCUACAGUAAUAUACAAAAGAUAAUAACACAGAGGCUUCAUUUCAUACAAAUGAAAUUUGAAAAAAUAAUUAAAUCAGCAAUUCUCACUCUGCUGGCAGCAACUUAACUUGACUCAGUUCUUUUGGAGGCUUAUCUGUAUCAAGAGCCACAAAAAUAUUCAUACACUUUGACUUAAGGAAAUAAUUGAAGAAAAAAAUAAACCAUUUACAAAGGUAUUUAAUAGCAGCACUGUUUUAUAUUAAAUAAAAACAGUUCAAAUGCCCAAUAAUUAUGCUUAACAUUUGAUAUACAUAAGAGUAAAGAUAAAAGGCUGCUGAGUAAAUACUGGAUUUAAAUAAAGGGCUUUUAAGGUAGAAUCAACUAUACCUUAUUUUAUGAAUAAAUAAGAAAAGCUAC